CCUAGUAAACUAAGACAAAGAGGAGGUCGACGAAAACAAGUACCCAAGAAAAAGUCUGUCCUGGUGUUCGAGUUCUACCUUACUUGUCUGGACCCAACAAACAAAAGUCACAUACCCUUUUUUGUUUUGUUUUCUAUCCGAUUUGGUGCUAUAUCACAUCACCUGAAUCUCGACAGAAUAUUUCUUUCAUCACCGUUUUAGAUCUUCCUUUUUUUCCCCUCAUUCUCUGGGUUCUUCUUCAUCUUUUCAGACCUUAUCAUCACUACUGUACAAUCAAAGAUAAGUGUGGGAAGAAUCCUAUGAAUGGUUGGCACCUAUGCCUGAUAUGACAUUUUGAGAAAAGGCUUCCCGACGAGGUACGAAGAUGGAGAAGAAACGAAAGAUUGUGCAGUAUAGGGAGAGGCUAGAUAAGACCCUUGCCUCACCUGAUCUUACAAAUGUCGAGAUACUCAAAAAGCUUGUCAAAAGUCAACUCCUACCUUCAUCGGAACUAGAAGAUGAAGGUGGUGAAUAUAAGGAGAAAUUCGUAGAACAUAAAACUGCGGAAAUAUCUAACUUUCUUGAUAUGUUAAGAAGUACUUCAGAUGAACAUGGAAGGUCUAAUACAUCACAAAAUGAUUGGAAAUUAAAACAGGACGGUGAAGAGUUCCGUGUUAUGUAUCGUGAAGGACCGGAGGGAACUCCCUUUCAUACAAUGUUAGUGGAAGGCUUUGUGGAUGGACCUGUUGAUGUUUGUCUAUGUAUCUCAUGGCAGACUUCUCUUUACAAAAAAUGGUGGCCUCAGUCUACAAUUCCUACUUUCAAAAUCUUAUCAUGUGAAUGUUUACAGAAGGUUCAGAUUGGGGAACAAAUAUCACUAGUGAGGAUGAAGGUUUCGUGGCCUCUGUCUUCAAGGGAAGCUGUAGUGCACUAUUAUCUGUUUGAGUACUUUCAAGAUGACUUAAUUGUCGUUCUUACGAAUUCAGUCCCUGAGUCAAAGAGCAUCAACAAUGAGAAAAUUCCUGAAGAAAAGGAUGUUGUGAGAGUUGAUUUGGUGGGAGGCUUUGCUUUGCAAAAGGUGACAUCAGAAAGAAGUUACUUUCGGACAAUAGCUAAUAUGGAUAUAAAGGUUGAUUUUGUUCCUCCAUCCUUGAUAAACUUUAUUUCAAGGCAGCUCAUUGGCAAUGGUUUCAGACUUUAUCAGAAGGUUGUGGCUUCUGUGAUGAGCAGUGAUAAAGAAGAAUUCAGCAAGGCCUUGGGGGAUCCAUUGUAUGCUAGAAUUCGCGAGGCUCUAUAUAGCACUACUACUAGUGCAUCAGAGGUUGCAAAUAGCGGAGAGCUUCAACAAGUUGCAAAAAUUCACCCUGCUGAAUACCUUGUUGAAAGUAAGCCGGGUGGAGAAAAAGAUGCAUCUGAAGAGGAUAAAAUAAGUCAAUGUGCAAAUAAUGACAUGUCACCGACAAUGGAUGCAACAGAACUAGAAAAUAGCAAAGCAUUUGGUGAGAUUGUAGAAUUAGAUAAAGAAGAUAUUAUACAAAGUGUGGAGGAUGAUGAGAAAGUAAGUGUCAUUCCAAACAAGGAAGUAGGCACAAUUGCACAAAAAGGAAAGAGUAUAUUUAUUCGCUCGGAUGUCAAACAGGCUAUAGAAACAUUAGACAAGGCCAUUUCAAUGAUUAGGGAAUAUCGAUUACAUUCCGAGAUGGCCUCGACUAGCUUUGCCAAUGAAGAGUCCCCUUGCAUGGAAGAAAUUGAUAGAGUUGAUUCAUAUUCCACAAAAAUUGUUAAACCUUCUGAUAAAAAUGGGGUACCAAAUAAAGAUAUAUUGAAGGGAACUUCACAAGAAGCACCUUCGACAAACUCUGACAUCCAAAACUUAAGGUAUUCAGGAAUAGAUCCAAAUUUAAAGGAAAUAAAUCCCAACAAAGUGAUUCCAACUCUAUCAGAGCAGGGUCUUGCAGGACCUACUGAGGCAAGCCAGGUUGGUUCAUAUUCUUUGGACAGUGGAGCGAUUAUGGACCAAACAACAUGCCAAAACAAGCAACCAAACACUGAUUUGGUCCAAGACAUGUCUUCAGAUGAUAAAGUUAAGUCAAGAAGGCUGAAAAAAACCAACAACAAUGUGACUCGAGGUAUGUCUUCAAAUGUACCAAAGAAGUUGAGCGGGUAUAAAAAAUAUAUGUGCUUUGGUUUUCUGCAUUAACCAAAUGGAGAGACGUUAAUGGUUAAGAGGAGAGUAAAGAUAUGGUAUUUUGAGGCAUAUUGUCAGCAUGUAACCACAAAUCUCAGUAGCUUAGUACAUGUUUUGUAUACCAUAGGCAAGGAUUUCUUGAAUAAUGGUUCAGUAGUGAAAUAUACUCAUACAGGGUUCUCUUUUUUUACCGACAUAGUGUGUCAAAACCGGUAGAUAUUUGAGUUCUUUGACCAUUUAGCCGGGAGUCUGAUCAAUUGGUGUACCGAAAAUCAUCUAUUGAAAGCAGUCAACCUUUUUAAUAGAUCUUCGUUACCUCCAGAGAUUAAAUCUCUACCCUUGUACACAAGGAUACCUUGAUUUACUCAAAAAAGGCUCUCCUUUUUUGUCUUGUUGGACAUGAAAUCACCUUUUCCAUUUAUUUUUCUGCUAACCAUGUAAUCUAUACUAUAUUGUGUUUGUCAAUUUAUCUUUACAUUGCCUCGUAAAGUUAUAAAUAAGAACAAAAAAUUUGUGCA